UUGUGCGUAUAGAAUAUUUGUACCACGUGGUGUAUUGUAUGCCAUGGUGUUGCACUGAUUGGAAUUCUCUUGUGUAUGUUUGGAUUUUUUUCGUAAAGAAUGAUAGUUGAACAUCUGAUACAAACCAUUAUUAUUACACGGAAUCUCACGAAACUCUAAAGUUUGUUAUUUGUGUUGAUUAUCCAUGAAAAUGAGAACACCAUAAAGAAUGCAGUCUGUCUUGGUAUACGGUCGGUUCUUAACCCGUGCUUUAAUAAAUGGUGUAUAUAAUUAUUCGAGCAGUACAGAAGCAGCUGUUAAUCGUAAAAGAGAAAGAGAUUUUAGACUACUAGCUGUAGCUUGUGGAUUUCCGAAAGUGUCUUCUCGAUUUUCGGCACUUUUGAAUCGUGGACGAUACGGUGAUGAUGCUAGUUUCUUUGCCAGGUAUAAAACAGCUGAUGUCUUAGGUGUAGCAGAUGGGGUUGGUGGUUGGAGAAAUUAUGGCAUCGACCCUUCUCUUUUUUCUUACACCCUAAUGGAAACAUGUGAAAGACUUGUUGUUAGUGGAAGGUUUAACCCUAGAAAUCCUGGUCAUUUAAUAGCAGCUAGUUAUUAUGAGCUGCUAGAAAAUAAGGAGCAAAUUUUAGGUAGCAGUACUGCUUGUGUUGUUGUGCUCAAUAGAACAGAUCAAAUGCUGUACACUGCUAAUAUAGGUGAUAGUGGAUUUUUAGUGAUGCGCAAUGGACAGGUAGUGCAUAGGUCUGAAGAACAGCAGCAUUAUUUUAAUACUCCAUUUCAACUAUCUUUAGCUCCAGUAAAUAUCACAGGUCUUGUUCAUAGCGAUAGUCCUGACACUGCAGACACAUCUUCACUACCAGUACAAGAAGGAGAUCUUAUUCUUCUUGCAACUGACGGCUUGUUUGACAAUCUUCCAGAAUCAGUUAUUGUACAACAACUAUCAAAACUUGGGGAUCAUAACAUGGAAAAUUUGCAGAAAAUGGUAAAUUCAUUAGCAUUUCAAGCACAUCGAUUAGCAUUUGAUGCAAAUUAUCUGUCACCUUUUUCUAAAAGAGCACGAGAAAAUGGCAUCGAUGUUCUAGGUGGUAAACCAGAUGAUGUAACUGUGUUAUUGGCUGCUGUCACUAAUUUAUUUGGUGAAAAGUCAGACUCUAUUGCUGCUGUAGUUGCUCAACAUACUUGCUCAUCAGAUCAUGGAUGAUAAUAAUUUCUAAGAAAGAAGAUAUCUUGUUUUUAUAUCUUACAAUGAUUAUAGAGAAAGAAAAGUGAUAAUUGAAGAUGGAUUAGAUGUGUUGAUAGAACUUACAGAAUUUAGCUAUCAAUUUAGUAAUUUAAAAAAAAAGCGCUACUAAUGCAUUUAGUAGUAUUAUUUUUAAGCUACAUGUGGAUUGAAGGAAGCAAAAAGUAUAUUAUUACAUUUGAAUUUUAAUGUAUGUAUUUAAAAUAAUUAAGAUAAGAUUAUUUCAUUGUUUUGAAAAUAUUUAUGAUGAAAGGAAGAGAAUAUACAAAACGUUCUAACGAGAUUUUUAAAUAAAGGUAUGAUGCAUCCACAUUAAAGAUUUGUUAAAUUCACCUUUAUUUUAAAUUUUUGGGCCUAUAAAUAAACGUUUAAAGUUUUUUAAAAAAUCUUUAAGAUUCUAAAAACUCAAUAUUCCCUUGCAUAAAAAUUUAUUGCAUGGUUAAGAAGAUAAUAAGUAUGUUUUUAAUUUGUCAGCAUGGAUCAUAAUAAAAUGAUAGUCAUUAGCAAUUGUAGGCUUCAUAAAAAUGCAGUUUAUUAAGCCUAAAAUGUAUAUGAAUGAUUAUGAUUUUAAACAAGUUUAGACUUUAUUUACAUCAGGGAACAUUUUUACUGUGCCAAUUAUCAUUUCACAUAUCAUUGUACAUUAAUAUUCUAAGUAAUUAUUAUUUUUGACUGCACUAUUAUAAAUCUCCUUUUUAAAUCUGGUACUUUAAUCUAUAUCAACUAUGUAUUAAUUUUUUUAGCUGAGCCAUGAAUUAAAAAAAAAAAAAAAAAAAAAGACUGAUUAAUAGAAUAUGGAACAUCCUUCCAAUUGUGCAAAUUAUUUAUUUUAAGAAAAAUUUUAUCCCAAGAAAACUUUAUUUAUUUGAUGUGUGAAUAUGUUUAUUUAUAAUUACACCAAAAAUUUAGUUAAAAAAGACCAAAUUGCCCAAUAUUUGUUUGAAAACAUUUUAAAAUUAUGCUUGAGAUCAAUGCUUUUCAAUUUGACACUUCAAUACAUGCUUUUAAAACAUUUUGUAAUUUUUUUUUUUUUUUUUUUUUUCAUAUUUUCCUCACAAAUUUUAUUUUGCACAAACUUAAAAGUAAUUAAUGCAUUUUAUUAAAAGGAAUUAGAUUAAAAUUUUUAUGCAUAGAUUUUAUAUUGUAUAUUUAAUAUUUUGUUACAGUAGAAAAAAAUCCUGACAUUUUUUUUUUUUUUUCCCCCUAUAAACUUUUAAUUUGUUUCUUCCAAAUCAUUCUUUCAUUUAAGCUUUUUUUUUUUUAAUGAGAAAUGUUUAUAAUUUUGUAAAUACUCCUUAUAUACUAGUGUAAUAUAAACAUUCUGUAAUGACAUAUAUUUGUUGGCAGUGGUAUAUUUUUGUGUGUUUUGAUACUUUCUGUGAUGUUCUUGUGUGGUGGAAAUUGAAUGUUCAAUCUAAAAAAGAUUUCUUUAAUUUAUGAAAAGGGAAGAGUGGAGUCUAAAGUAAUAAAAAAAAAAAAAAAGUCUGAUCUUGAUACCGGUGAAUGCCCUCCCUUUGAAUAAUUUAAGGAAUUUAUCGUAAAAAAUUGUAAAGAUAUAUUGUAAAUUAAUUAAUUUUUACAGUUAUUCAGUAAUACUGCAUGAUCGUCUCCUAUUGAAACUAUUUAUUCUUUACAAAGGCUGGAAAAACUGAGUAACAGUGAUUAAAUGAGAUGCUCUAUAGUUUUUUAUAUAUAUAUAUAUAAUUUUUUUUAUUGUGGAAUAAUACUCUGAAUACCAAUAAAAGGGUACAAAAUCUUUUACUUUAUUGUUAAUUAUGCCUAUUACUUAAAAAUCUAAUAAAUAAGCUCAUUCAUUUACUUAUUCAAAAACUAUAGAAUCCAUAAAAUUAAUGUUUGUUGAUGAUAUAUUAUAUUUUAUUUGAUAGUUGAUUUAUUUGAUUUGAUAUUAACAGAUACAUUUCUGUAAAAAUAUUAUUAUCCUAGUAAUUUAUUUGCUUUAGAGACAAGGGACCAAUUUAAAAUGUUGUACUCUAAGCUGAUUAUGUGUAAUAUCAAUUCUUAUUUUUUAAAACUAAGAAAUUAUAGAUUGCCUAACAAUAAUACCUAUUUCAAUUUUCCAUUUUUACAAGAGAAGUGGGGGGGGGUUCCAUUACAAGAUUGUAAUUUGCUUUAAAUAGAUUUUUUAAAAAGUUUUCUUCCUAUGGAAAAUUGAAAUAAGUAGUGUUGCUUGUUAAAUAACUUCAUUACGAUAAAAAAAAAAAUUAAUUAUAUUUGCAGUUUUUCCAUGUUCAAAACUAUAAAUAGCAUGAGAUUAUUUUUCGGUGUUAAAUAUUGUGUAUAACCAAUUCUUUGCAACUGAGUUGGUCUGCUUGUUAUUUGUGUAUUAUUGAAUAUUUAUUUUUAAUGUAUAAGCAUGAUAUAGAUGUGUUUAUAUGAGAAUCUGAUGUAUGCAUUUUUCUAAAUGAACAAAGAAUGUAAUAGUUUCAAUUUAUAGAAAAUAAACGAUUUGAAUAUUUUGA